UCAUAUAGAGAGUUAAACAGCGGGAUACCAGCGAAUUAUCAACCCUGAUUCCAUGGAGAGAGUUGCAUCAAGCUGCACCAGCAUCCUAACACAAAGGAGGCCUUACUCUGUGGCCGCGGCCAUGGCGAAGGAAGCCGCACGGAGGGCCGACGGGAACAAGGCUGCGGCUGCGGCUGCGGUGACCAAGCGCGUGAUGGGCAAAAAGGAAGUCAACACCGCUGCCGCUGCGGCGGAGCAGAAGAAGGCAUGGCUGCCGAACCCUGUGACCGGCUACUAUCGCCCAGCGGGUAGCCCCAGGGAGGUGGACGCGGCGGAGCUGUGCGCCAAGCUGCUGACUGGUUAAUCAAACAGUUAUUUUGUCGAGCUCGACUGCUCGAUCAUGGGGUGUCUGUCUAUCUAGUUUGUAUUGCUUUAAGAUCCGUGCUCCUUGAUA